CCAGCCUUGUUGAGUUUCAGUGAAGUAAACUCUUUCUUUGUUAGAUAUAGCACUCAAAACUCUUUGUUCCCAACAUUGACCAGAACUUAGUGAACCCUUCACCAUGAAGAAGCUUUCCAAAUUGUCACUAGUGUGCGUUAUAUUCUUUGGCUUUUUGCUUCUGUCAACCCAAGCCAGAUGGCAUAACCAUACCAAACACAGCAAACACAACCACCCUCACAAGAUUUCUUACAUUUCACAGCCUCCUUCCUCUUCACCUGGACCUGCUGCUAGCUACAGUCCUCCUCCUGAAGAGCCUAAGAAUCCAUACAACUCCACACCUGGUGUUUUCGAUGUUCGAUUAUAUGGGGCUGUGGGGGAUGGCCAAACAGAUGACACUCAAGCCUUUAAAAUGGCUUGGGACACAGCCUGCCAAAGUGAAUCACCAGCAAAGAUACUUGUUCCGAACCAUUUCACAUUCAUGAUUCAGUCCACAAUAUUUACGGGUCCCUGCCUUUCAGGCCUGGUGUUACAGGUCGAUGGGGUUAUAGUACCACCUGAUGGACCAGAGUCCUGGCCAAAAAACAACAGCAGGCGCCAAUGGCUCGUUUUUUAUCGAAUCAACAAGAUGUCGCUGCAAGGGAGUGGUGUUAUAGAUGGGAGAGGAGACAAAUGGUGGCAACUUCCCUGCAAGCCCCACAUGGGAAUAAAUGGAACCACCUUGCCUGGACCAUGUGAUAGCCCAGUUGCCAUUAGAUUUUUCAUGAGCUCUAACUUGACAGUACAAGGUCUUAGGAUUAAGAAUAGCCCCCAAUUCCACUUCAGAUUUGAUGGUUGCAUAAAUGUGAAUGUAGACUCCAUUUCUAUAUCAGCUCCUGCUCGAAGUCCGAAUACAGAUGGGAUUCACAUAGAGAACACCAAUGAUGUAAAAAUUUAUAAUUCUGUAAUUUCUAAUGGUGAUGAUUGUGUAUCAAUUGGAUCAGGCUGUUAUGAUGUAGACAUUAGAAACAUCACUUGUGGCCCUGGUCAUGGAAUCAGCAUUGGGAGUCUCGGAAACCACAACUCGCGAGCCUGUGUUAAAAAUAUUACAGUUCGAGACUCUAUUAUUAGAGUUUCGGAUAAUGGAGUUAGGAUCAAGACAUGGCAGGGUGGAUCCGGAGCAGUGUCCGGAGUAACUUUCAGUAACAUUCACAUGGACAAUGUUAGGAACCCCAUUAUGAUUGAUCAAUUUUACUGCCUUACUAAGCAGUGCAGCAAUCAAACCGCAGCGGUAUAUGUAUCGAACAUCCUAUACUCGGGCAUAAAAGGAACCUAUGAUGUCCGGAAUGCUCCAAUGCAUUUUGGCUGCAGUGAUUCUAUGCCAUGCACCAACUUAACACUCUCAGAUGUUGAGCUUCUUCCAGCUGUAGGAGAUAUGAUGUCAGACCCUUAUUGUUGGAAUGCUUACGGACAACUGCAAACGCUUACUAUUCCACCAGUCUCUUGCUUGUUGGAGGGUGCUCCUAGAACUUUACUGAGCGAUGAAAUAGACCGCUGCUGA